AUGAAACUGCCAACGUUCUGUGGUGGAACUGAACCUUUGAAAGCUGAGACGUGGUUGCUUGAAAUGGAGAAACUGUAUGAGGUGUUUCCUUGUUCUGAAACCCAGAAAGUACUCCUAGCCAUCUACACUCUGAAAGAUGAAGCCCGCAGGUGGUGGUUACUGAUCCGAAGUGGCAAUAGAAAUAUUACAUGGGCACAAUUUAAUGCUAUCUUCUACGACAAGUAUUUUCCCCAAUGUUUCAGGGAUCGGAAAGUGUCUAAAUUUCAGGAACUCAAACAGGAAAGAAUGUCUGUGGCAGAAUAUGAAACUAAAUUCACCAAAUUGGCACGGUUUGCUCCACAUAUGGUGGAUACCGAUUACAAGAAAGCACGAAAGUUUGAAGGUGGAUUGGAUCUAGACAUGUUUGAUCGAGUAGGCGUCUUGAAAUUGCCUACUUAUGUAAAAGUUCUAGACAAAGCCUUAAUGGCAGAGGCCACCCUAGCCAUCAUGAAACAAAGCAAAGCCCCAAUAACUACAACAAUUGAGUGGAGAGGAAAAAGAUCCGGUGAUCUGCAAUCUGUUGGUAGUGAUCAGUUCAUGGUAGUGUUAUCUGUUGUUAGCCCAUCCUGGUAG